AUGCAGGUGGUGAAGGAGGAGGAGGAGGAAGAAGUGAGAGAGGUGAAGUCGAGGUGGAAGUUGGUGCAGGAAGAAGAGGAAGAAAAAAAAGACGACGAGGUCCUAGGGCGGUCACGACGGCAGUAA